GUUUCUUAGCCAUUUUGUUUAUUCGUCUGGGGGGAGGAGGGCUUACAAUACUUACACACAAGUACAGCUGAUGAAUGAAGCCAUAGAGUAACCCUCUUCCUGGCAGACACAGGUCUUGGCAAGCCAUGCUGACUCUGCCUGCUGUGUUGACUGUAACGUGUGAGAUGGUGUUUUCUCCUCUCCAGAGACUCUGAUGAUAAAUGAUGAAACAGGCUACCAUGGAUUUCAGCACCCCAUCUGUGUUUGAUCAGCAAAGAGGUGACUCAUCUGAGGAAGUUGACUUGACCAUGGUGUAUCAGGCAGCUUCUAAUGGAGAUGUCAAUGCUCUGACCGCAGUGAUUCGGGAAGACCCUUCCAUCCUAGAAUGCUGUGACAGUGAAGGAUGCACGCCCUUGAUGCACGCGGUUUCUGGACGUCAGUUGGACACAGUGAAGCUACUGCUGAAGAUGGGAGCCAAUAUUAACAUGCAGGAUGCUUACGGCCGAACAAGUUUAUGCCUGGCCACCUACCUGGGUUGGCUCGAAGGCUGUGUGAGUCUACUCAGAAAUGGUGCCAAGCACAAUAUCCCAGAUAAAAAUGGCCGUCUGCCACUGCACGCUGCCACUGCAGAGCCCGACGUGAGGCUCCAAACAGUCCUGCUGCAACAGUCCAACCUUGGUGAGAUUAAUCACCAGGACAAUGAGGGAAUGACCCCACUCCACUGGGCGGCUUUCCACAACCAGCCUCAACACACACAAAUGCUCUUGAAGAAGGGUGCAGACCCCACCCUUGUGGAUAAAGACUUCAAAUCGGCUCUCCAUUGGGCAGUGCAGAGUGGAAAUAGAAUUCUGUGCUCCAUCAUCCUGAGCCAUCACCAGGGGCCAUCCAUAAUCAACUACGAUGACGAGAGCGGGAAGACAUGUGUGCACGUGGCCGCAGCAGCAGGUUUCAGCGACAUUAUUAACGAACUGGCAAGAGUCCCUGAGUGUAACCUGCAGGCCUUGGAUGUGGAUGACAGGACCCCUCUGCACUGGGCUGCAGCUGCAGGGAAGGCAGAAUGCGUCCAGUCACUGCUGGAGUUGGGCAUGGACAGCAACCUGAGGGACAUCAACGAGAGCACGCCACUGGCCUAUGCCCUGUACUGUGGCCACACGGCGUGCGUCAAACUCCUCUCCCAAGAGAGCAGAGCAGAGCCUACUCGACCUCUUCCCUCCCAGGACGGUAGACCCCAGAAGAAGGAGGGACGGUUCAGUGUUCUCAACCAAAUCUUUUGCAAAAACAAGAAAGAAGAGCAGAGAGCCCACCGGAAGGAUCACAGCCGGGACCCACACAGUGGGGACAACACCUCGGAAGUUGAUGACAUCAUCACCACCUUUGACAGCAUCGUGGGCACCAACUGCCAAGAACAGCCUGGUGAUCAGCUGGCUAUGGUUGAAUUUAAGAAGAGGACCUCAGAGAAUUCAAAAUAUCUCUUGCCAGAAAAGAAACCUCUGGCCCGUAAGGGACUUCCGCCAAUCAGAACGCAGAGUCUUCCACCCAUCACCCUGGGCAAUAACUUCCUGACAGCCCCUCACGGGGCCACCUCCCACGCAGGCCUGAGCUCUGGUCCUCACCACACCACACAGCCAUCUCAGAAAAGCCGGAGUGAGCAAGAUUUGCUAAAUAACAGAACCGGCUGCCAAAUGUUGCUGGAUAAUCCCUGGAAAAGCGAUUCUAAUCCGGUGUUCUCCUACAAAGCAUGGACUAUGUCUUCUUCUGAUAAACUGCUAGACAGAUUGCUCACUGGCCGGCCCAGUCGCCAGGACGCGUGGGUGCCACAGCUUCCUCAUCUCCAUCAUCCAUCAUCAGGACAAAAUUUUCAUCAUCUCUCCCCAAGCAGACCCAAAAUGAGGGAUCUUCCUUUCACUCGGAACAACCUAGCUCCCCUACCAGACCAAAAAUUUCUCUCUGGAGAACCUCUACGGACGAACCGAGUGCUACCUGCUAUCCCAAGUCAGCGGGGACACGGCACACCAGCUGCAGACAGUGAGCCCUCUGCCAGUCCCCCAAAGGAUGAAAACUGACUGUGAGCCACCCGCCGCAGAAAUAUAGAUUAUAUAUAUAUAUUUUUCAACUCUCAGAGGAUGAGAGAUCUCGUUUAUAAGAACAAAGACUGUAGUCAGCUACAUUCUAUAAGCCAUUCAGUUUUAUAACUCAAAAAGAAUAAAAAAUUCUUUAUUCCAAGUAAAGACACUUCCUAAAUAAGCACUUGGAAUCUUUGAGUGUGUACACACUAGAGGUCUGUGAGUUUCUGUGACCUCUACACGCCAAAAGUAAAAGACAAACUAUGUUGCCAGCAGGGAAACUGCAACGUUUGGUUCCCUCUGGGCCAUAUUUGCUGCUUCUUGUCAUUGUUCGGUUGUUUUUUGCUGAAUGACUUUAUGUUUUUAGGGGGGGAGAAAGGAUGUAUGCUUUGCUGAAUAAAAAACAAAAGUACAUUCCAGACACGUUCUUCACAUUUAUUGUAAUUCUACCUUGGACUAAUGAAACUUAAUUCACACGAAAGCAAUCAGACUUAUAAUCAGUCACAGUUAAUGGCUUUGAAAUGUACAAUCCUCUGCAAAAUAUUUUCUGGCAUUGUGUGUUCCUGGCUACAGCCCAAGUCACUUGACAAUGUUUAUCUCCUCUUUGUUAUUUGAUUAUUUCCACCUGCUGUCGUUUUCUGAUAUUGAUUGUUCUAACAGGGAGAAGGUGGUGUGAGUCAGAAAGGUCUACCCUGGCCUCAGGAGAUUGAAUAGGUGUUUCUCACAUAUUCCUCAAAUAUGCUACAUGUCUAUUUUUUCUGUUUCAAAAUAAUGGUCUCUGCCUACUGAGGACUUUCCCAAACUUGAGACUUAGCAAAGCUUUGAAAGACUACUAUUAACUGCAUAUUUCCUUACUAAGAUGUUUGUAUGUUGUUUGGAUUGAUCUUUUUUUCCUAACGUUUUAAAAAUCUUUAUUUUUUUAAUGAAUUUUGAUGAGUAUUUUUUCUUUUUUAUUUUAUUUUAUUUUAUUUUUAUUAAAUCAUAGCUGUGUACAUUAAUGCAAUCAUGGGGCACCAUACACUAGUUUCAUAGACCGUUUGACACAUUUUCAUCACUCUGGUUAACAUAGUCUACCUGGCAUUUUCUUAGUUAUUGUGCUAAGACAUUUACAUUCUGGAUUGAUUUUUGACUAGAGAUCUGUAUAAAUUUAAAGGCUUAGCCACAUGAGAUAAGGGUGGCUCCAUGUUUUUUUCUAAGCCUGCGUAUUUUGUAAAUAUCUCAAGUACCUGUGUAACAUUUAUCACUUUAUAUUAUUUGUUUAGAGAGGUCAGACUGUACCAUUAAGUAGAUAGAAGCUCUUCCGGGACCGAAUCAUAAUUCUUUGGGUUUGCACUUCUAGAAAUUUAUAUGGUGCCUGGCACCAAGUAGACACUCAAUCCUUUUUUUCAGGAAGGAAGGGAAGGGAGUUGAGAGGUAGAGCGGGAGUUGGAAAGGGAGAGAGAUGUAAGAUAUGAUAAUGAAACAGGUCACAGUCCGUCAUCCCAUCUGGAUGUUGACAAUAGUCCAAAUCAGAGAUUAUAAAAGAGAAAGAUAUGGAUCAACCUCCCAAGCUAGCAACAGCUAGAAGGAGGGCAAAUCAUGUUAAAGAUGGGAGAGUUCUUGGGACAUAGCUUCUGAAGAGUGUUCUUCUGUGUUUCAUUUAGUUUGUGGACUGUUUUUGUCUUUGAAGAAUCAUUCUUUAUAUGCUUCAGACGGAUCAGCUAUUCAGUGGUGUCAGCAGGCUGCUCCUGAAUCCAUGUCCACCCGCAAGUAGAUACCUGGCCCUCCACUGCCUGAUUAGUCAGGAUAGGCUUGCUUCUACUUCAAUAAUGAACAAGCCCAAGGCUCAUGGGCUAACACAGCCUGUUUCUUAUUCACAAUAUGUUGAAUGGUAUUCAACGCCAGCUGACAGAGUUGGCUGACAUAGACUCCAUUUCGAUAUGUGCUUCCUUGGGGACAAAGCAGAAGAAAUGAGAGGUGAGUCUUACCACGUCCUCUCACAUCUCAUUUGCCAAUUCAGAUGGACUUCAAAGGAAGUGGAGAAAUGUAAU